GUUUGUCUGCAGAUGGGGGCUUUCUGACUUUGGUUUUCCAGAAUUUACACAUACAAAUUAAUUACAGAACUCCACCAGGCCAUAAAUGAUAAUGUGUCCAGUGAAUAUAAGCCAUCAUGGUGUGUCCAGUGCUGCUGAUCCUGAAGCAGUCUGGUCAGUGAAGUGUGAUCCAGGUGUAACCCGGGCCGUGGCCCCUGUCGUCCAGCUCUGUCCUCUGUUUUCCUUGACCGGGGCGGAGCUUAUCAAUACAUCCUACUGUACAAAUAACCACUGCUAGCCUCCCUCAGAAUAACUCUGCCUCAGCUAUAAGUAGCCCCAGUUAAUCCUUAAGACAAGCGCUGCCACAGUCCCUUUCUCAUCAGUGAAAGUCCUGUCCUGCCCUGACUAAGACACAGAGGCGUUUCCCCCUCGCCAGACCAGCAGGCCAGCAUGCAGAUUAACCACAAGAGCUGUCAGCGCAACAUCCUACAAAUGUCCGGCUCUGGUGACAUCAGCUGUGAGUGAGCAGCAACUUGAUGCCAUGAGCGCCGACGCUGCCUGCAGGGCGGAGCCGGACUCAGAGGGCCACACCGAGCUGGCCGACUUGGUGUCAGCCAUGAACGUCGCUGCCAACCGGGCGACCCCACCCAACGGCCACAGGGGGGGCCCUCCGCGGACCACGCCUCACCGGGCACGCCUCUCAGACAGGAAGCUGUCACUGCAGGAGCGAGGGACCCGCGUGGCCCGGCAGCCCACCAUAGAGACCAAGCGUGUGUCCAUCACAGACGCUGAGGACUGUGUUCUGCUCAAUCAGUAUAAGUUACAGGAUGAGAUCGGGAAGGGUUCAUAUGGAGUGGUAAAAUUAGCAUACAAUGAAGACUCUGAACAAUUCUAUGCCAUGAAAGUCGUUUCAAAGAAGAGGCUGGUGAGGCAGUGUGGAUUUUUGCGCCGCCCGCCGCCUCAAAAACAAAAGCCACAGCGGGAUUUGAUUCCUAAACCCAUGGGCCCACUGGACAAGGUGUACCAGGAGAUUGCCAUCCUGAAGAAACUGGAUCAUCAUAAUGUUGUAAAACUUGUUGAGGUGCUGGAUGAUCCCGCGGGAGACGGUCUCCACAUGGCUUUCGAGCUGAUGACGAAAGGCCCCGUGAUGGAGGUUCCCACAGACAACCCCUUCACCGAGGAGCAGGCUCGAUUCUACUUCAGAGAUGUUGUCCUGGGAAUAGAAUACCUGCACUACCAGAAGAUCAUCCACAGGGACAUCAAGCCCUCCAACCUGCUGCUGGGGGAGGACGGCCAUGUGAAGAUUGCAGAUUUUGGUGUCAGCAACAAGUUUGAGGGCAGUGACGCGCUCCUGUCCGGCACGGCCGGGACGCCGGCCUUCAUGGCCCCGGAGAUGAUAACCGAGCACGAGCAGAGCUUCAGCGGCAAGGCGUUAGACGUGUGGGCGAUGGGAAUCACACUAUACUGUUUUGUCAUCGGGACGUGCCCUUUUUAUGAUGAAUUUAUCGUUGCCCUGCACAGCAAGAUCAAGAACAAGCCUGUGGAGUUUCCAGAAACGCCAGUUUUAAGUGAGGAAUUGAAGGAGCUCAUCCUUAUGAUGCUGGAUAAAAACCCUGAAACAAGGAUCACCCUCCCUCAAAUCAAGCUCCAUCGGUGGGUGACCGAAAAUGGCUCGAAUCCUCUUCCGCUGGAGGAGGAGCACUGCACUGCGGUGGAGGUCACCGAGGAGGAGGUCCAGAACAGCAUCAAGCUCAUCCCCAGCCUUUCCACUGUGAUCCUGGUGAAGUCGAUGCUGAGGAAGCGCUCUUUCAGUAAUCCCUUCGAGUGUGAAGGCAGACGAGCUGGAAGGUCCAUGUCUGCCCCCGGAGGUCUCCUUACAGGUUCCUGGGCCUUAUCGGGGUGUACUUCACCUAAUCUUCACCCCUGCUUAAGGAAAGUCAGCAAUGAGGGAAGCAGAGAAGGAGAGUUGGAGGACUUGUAUGAGGAUGACGCAUUCGCCGAGUCUGGCGAUUAAAACCAGCCGCAGUUACCAGAGGAAAAGAAUGUGCAGCAUUUUCUCUCUUUUGUACCUUUGCUUGUUUCUCUUUCUUCCCUGAUUUUCCCGCUUUUCUUUCUCGAUUGCUCGCUGUCAUUGCAACUUCUGCGAAGGAUCAGGUGUGAUGAUUCUGUGAGAGAUUUGACUUCACAAAGUACUGAAGAAAAAAAAUUAGAAAUAUACACAUUUUCAUUAUAUUUGAUUAUUACAAAUGAGAUGAUAGAUGUCAGAAUUUUUUCAGUAUCAUCAUUGUUUACUGAUGUAUGCAUAAUUCAUGUGCAGAUGGUAUGGUUUGUUACAUAGAUUGUGAUAACCUCAAAUAUCGGUUUUUGACCUUGUUUCAUGACUUUGGUUUGCUUCACUGGUACCGGAUUGUUCAAAUGUAAAUAUUUACUGUUGUAAAGAACAUAUUUUUGCAUUCUUUCAUACAGUUGUUGAAAAUAAUAAAAACGGUUCUUUCAGCCUUUGA